GUGAUAUGACCAAAAAAGAAAGAGAGUGCUGUUUAUAUAAAGUACAUGAUUCCUGAGAUAGCAAAAUGAGAUUUCUUGUGAUACUUUUCUCAUUACAAUCAUCACAUUAUAUUGAAGGGUCGGAAGACAACUUGCCUAGCUAAAGCAUGUCGAAACUUAUUGUCAUAACUAGUGUUACUGGUACCCAAGGAUCAUCAAUUGCUGAGACAUUUCUCCACUUCCCAGAAUGGCGAGUUCGAGGGACAACACGCAAUCCAGCAAGUGCAACUGCCCAAGCAUUGGCAAAAAAAGGAGUCGAAAUUGUUGAAGCGGAUUUUGAUGACAAGGAAUCACUAUCUUCAGCUUUCCAAGAAGCUACUGUGAUUUACUCCAAUACCGAUUUUUUCGUGCAUCUCUUUACAGGUAUAUCCGCAGGCGCGCCUCCUGGCCGCACAGUUCUCGAACAUGCAUAUGAUCGGGAAGUUUCUCAAGGUAUCAACAUCGCAGAAGCAGCCGCUUCCCCAAGCGUUCUCAAAACAUUGGAAUAUUUCAUAUACUCCUCUUUGAGCGACGCAAAGAAAUGGAGCAGAGGUAAAUAUUCCACGGUAUAUCAUUUUGAUUCUAAGGCAGAAACAAUACGUCAGAUCCAAUCUCGAUUCCCGGAUUUGGCGACGAGAAUGAGUACUCUGCAAUUGGGAUAUUAUGUCACGAAUUGGAAAGCGUUUCCACUCAUGGCACCACAGAAACAGGAUGAUGGGAGUUUUUUGUUCGAGAGACCUUUGAGUCCGGAUAGUAUAGUGGAGUUUGUUGUUACGCAGAAAGAUACUGGAAUCUUUGUUAAAGCCUUGAUAGAUAUGCGGCCUGGAAAGAAUCUUCUAGGUGUCUCGGACAGAAUGACCUGGAAAGAAUGGGCGAAGAUCUGGGGAGAUGCCCUCGGAGUCGAAGCUGGGUUUAAACAAGUCUCGGAAGAAACUUUUUGGAAAGGUGUACCAGAGCCUUUGUCGAGAGAAUUGCAGGUGGCUUGGGAUUAUGCGGAUGAGUUUGGUCAUGCGGGCGGGGAUCCGGAUGUUGUGAGACCAGAAGAGCUUACUGUCAAGAUUCCGCUGAUGUCGAUGGAGGCAUAUAUCAAGAGUGAAGAUUGGUCGACUAUCUUGGAUUCUUAGGUGGUGGUGUGGAUCUCUGCAUUCGCAGGAGUAAUAUCCAUCUAUAUUUUGUUGAUCGAGAGUACGCAGAAUAUAUUGAAUAGUCUGGAACAGUAAUGUGUAUAAUGUAAUCGAAGAUAAACUA